CACAGUGGGAAUUCAGCACUGGGUCCCAGAUGCCUUCACGCUCAACAAACACCCCUCUGAGGAGCAUUUCCUCUCCCCCUCCAACACCUGAGAGAACCUCACCUGUGAUGACAAGCAGACCCCAAGGACCUCCAAAGGUCCCUCAAACCAGCGUUCCAUGGGAACAUCCUGCUUCAACCCCAGAAAGAUCCCGUCCCUACUCACCUGAUUCUACAGUCCAUGAAGAAGACACUACAGAAUCCAGCACCAACACACAGUCUCUCACCAGCCCCCUUCCCACGUGGACUGGCAGUGGGACCUUGAUUUCUAAUGACACACAGGGCAUAGGACCUGAACCAACCUCUGCCCCUCCACACACAGCCCUCUCCAGCCAGGACACCACCAGGUCUCCACCAGAAUCCUUUUCCUCACCCUCUGCUCCCUCACAACCAACCAUGGCCACCAAUGCUCUCAAGAACCACUCCACUACCAAACACACACUUCCACACUCACAGAGGGACACUCCUCCCACCAUGUCUUCUGGAACUCUGUCCCCCAAAAACAACCUCUCAGGGUCACAGAGCAGGCCUCCGGGUCCUCAAGGGACAUCCAAUAGUGUCUCCUCCCCUCCUCCUACACCUCUCCACACUGGGACAACCAGGUCCUCCACAAUGAGCUCUUCGACCUCAUUCCUCACAACAGUUCUGCCAAGAACCACACAGACAUGGAGGACAGGCUAUCUGCCCACCACCAGCCCACACACGAGCACCACUGCCCAGGAUCAUGACAGCCUGGCCACUUCCCAGGAGGCUCCCACUCUACACACAACUAAUGUGUCCACUGACACUACGGUGACCCCUGCAGGAACCACCAUGCCGGGAACCCAGGCACCCUUCUCUACCUCUCCACCCUCACUUCCUUCACAAGAGACCACGGCACAGUGGACAGUCAGCCCUGGGCCACAGACAUUUCUGCACUCACACUCCACCAUUCUUGGGAGCACGUCCACUCACACUCCAUUAUCUCCAAGAAACCCACCUUUGCAAGAAAGCAGCCCUGCAGAAUCCACAAAGGUGAUCCUGGUCAGUGCCUCCAAGACCCCUGGAGCCUCCUCCCCAAAACCAUCCACUCCCCACUGGCCUGGGACUCCAGCCCCCAUCUUCCUCACCACUGAAGACGAUAUUUCUACAUCGUCACAAGGUCGAGAAGCAUCCACUCCUUCCUCACCUGGGUCUCCAGCCCCCAUGUUCCUCACCACUGAGGACGAUGUCCCUACCUUCCCCAACACAGUCCCACAAGCUGUCAGCCAGGCAGUCUCCACUGGGACUACCAGUAGGACCAUCAUGCAGGAGGUGUCCAAAGACCUCACACCAAACACAAGCUCCUCACCUCCACAGAGGGCAAUAACCAGCGUAGAAACCACCAGGUCUCAACCACAAUCCCUUCCUUCAUCCUCCGCUGGGUCACAACCCACCAUGACCACCACGGCAUCCAAGAUCCUUUCCACUGUCACAAAGUAUCUUGAAACCUCAGAGAAGGCCACCACUUCCAGCAGAACUUCUGGUCCAGUGCCACCUGAAAGCACCCUUUCUGAGAAUCCAAGACACCCUGUAAGUUCUCUGGGGACGUCCUCUGUUGGAUCAUCCCCUCCUAUUACACCUCUCAACACUGGGUCACCCAGAACCUCCUCACCAGGACCUAGGUUCUCAGACCUCACCACCCCCCAGCCAGGAAUCAUGCAGACAUCGAGGACAAGCUCUCCACCCAUCUCCAGCCUGCAUGUGAGGACCACCACCCGGGUACAGAAGACCCUGGACACUGACCUGAACACUCACAGUCCACCAACAAGUCAAGUUUCCACAGAAGAGGCAGUGACCAGUGAAGUGACCACAUCUGGACCCCAAGAACAGUCCCCUGCCUCCACAGGGUCACAUCCUUCACUCAAAAGCCCUACACAGUGGGAAUUCAGCACUGGGUCCCAGAUGCCUUCAGGCUCAGCAAACACCCCUCUGAGGAGCAUUUCCUCUCACCCUCCAACACCUGAGAGAACCUCACCUGUGAUGACAAGCAGACCCCAAGGACCUCCAAAGGUCCCUCAAACCAGUAUUUCAUGGGAACAUCCUGCUUCAACCCCAGAAAUAUCCACUCCAUCCUCAACUGGUUCUACAGUCCAUGAAGGGGGCACUCCGGAAUCCAGCACCAACACACAGUCUCUCACCAGCCCCCUUCCCACCUGGACUGGCGGUUGGACAGUGAUUUCUAAUGACACACAGGGCAUAGGACCAGAACCAACCUCUGCCCCUGCACACACAGCCCUCUCCAGCCAGGACACCACCAGGUCUCCACCAGAAUCCUAUUCCUCCCCCUCUGCUCCUUCACAACCAACCAUGGCCACCAAUGCUCUCAAGAACCACUCCACUACCAAACACACACUUCCACACUCACAGAGGGACACUCCUCCCACCUCCUCCUCCGGAACUCUGUCCCCCAAAAGCAACCUCUCAGGAACACAGAGCAGGCCUGAGGGUUCUCAAGGGACAUCCAAUAGUGUCUCCUCCCCUCCUCCUACAGCUCCCCAAACUGGUUCAACCAGGUCCUCCACAAUGAUGUCUUCGACCUCAGUCCUCACCACAGUUCUGCCAGGAACCACACAGGCAUGGAGGACAGGCUCUCUGCCCAUCACAAGCCCACACACCAGGACCACUGCCCAGGAUCAUGACAGCCUGGCCACUUCCUGGGAGGCUCACACUCCACACACAACUCAUGUGUCCACGAACACUGCGGUGACACCUGCAGCAACCAACACACUGGGAACCCAGGCACACUCCUCUGCCUCUCCACACUCACUUCAUUCACAGGAGACUGCUGCACAGUGGACAGUCAGCCCUGGGCCACAGAUGAUUCCUCACUCACACUCCAUCCUUCUGGGGAGCACUUCCUCUCACACUCCAUUAUCUCCAAGAAACCCACCUUUGCAGGAAAGCAGCCCUGCAGAAUCCACAAAGGUGACCCUGGUCAGAGCCUCCAAGACCCCUGGAGCCUCCUCCCCAGGAGAAUCCACUCCCCCCUGGCCUGGGUCUCCAGCCCUUUUGUUCCUCACCAGUGAGGAUGGGAUCUCUCAAUUGUCGGGAAGCCCAGAAGCAUCCACUCCCUACCCACCUGGGUCUCCAACACCCAUCUUCCUCACCACUGGGAACCAUGACCACACCUUCUCCAACACAGGCACACAGCCUGUCAGCCAGGCAGUCUCCACUGGGACUGGCAGUAGGACCAUCAUCAUGGAGGUGUCAAGGGACCUCACUCCCAACACAAGCUCUACACCUCCACAGAGCACUCUGAUCAGUGUGGAAACCACCAGGUCUCAACCACAAUCCCUGACUUCACCCUCCGCUGGGUCACAACCCACCAUGACCACGGUGGCAUCUGAGAACCUUUCAAGUCUCUCAACGUCUCUUGCACCCUCAGAGAAGGCCACCUUUUCCAGCCACUCUUCUGGCUCAGUGCCACCUCAGAGCACCCAGUCUGUGAAUCAAAGACAAUCUGUGUUUUCUCUGGGGACAUCCCAUGUCAACACAGGGUUGCCUAGGACCUCCUCAGCAGGUCCUGUGUUCCCAGACCUCACCACCAUCCAUCCAGGAAUCAUGCAGGUAUUGAGGACAAGCUCUCCACCCAUCUCCAGCCUCCAUGUGAGGACCACCACCCAGGCACAGAAGACCCUGGACACUGACCUGACCACUCACACUCCACCAACAAGUCAAGUUUCCACAGAAGAGGCAGUGACCAGUGAACAGACCACAUCUGGACCCCAAGAACAGUCCCCUGCCUCCACAGGGUCACAUCCUUCACUCAAAAGCCCUACACAGUGGGAAUUCAGCACUGGGUCCCAGAUGCCUUCAGGCUCAGCAAACACCCCUCUGAGGAGCAUUUCCUCUCCCCCUCCAACACCUGAGAAAACCUCACCUGUGAUGACAAGCAGACCCCAAGGACCUCCAAAGGUCCCUCAAACCACCCUUUCAUGGACACAUCCUCCUUCAAACCCACAAGGAUCCACUCCAUCCUCAACUGGUUCUACAGUCCAUGAAGAAGACACUACAGAAUCCAGCACCAACACACAGUCUCUCACCAGCCCCCUUCCCACUUGGAGUGGCAGUGGGACCUUGAUUUCUAAUGACACACAGGGCAUAGGACCUGAACCAACAUCUGGCCCUCCACACACAGCAAUCUCCAGCCAGGAAAUCACCAGGUCUCCACCAGAAUCAUAUUCCUCAAACUCUGCUUCCUCACAAACAUCCAUGGCCACCAAUGUUCUCAAGAACCACUCCACUACCAAACACACACUUCCACACUCACAGAGGGACACUCCUCCCACCUCCUCUUCUGGAACUCUGGGACCCCAAAGCAACCUCUCAAGGACACAGAGCAGGCCUGCGUGUUCUCAGGGGACAUCCCAUAGCGACUCCUCCCCUCCUCCUACAGCUCCCCACAGUGGGACACCCAGGUCCUCCACAACGAGCUCUUCCACCUCAGUCCUCUCCACCACCCUGCCAGGAACCACACAGGCAUGGAGGACAGGCUCUCUGCCCAUCACCAGCCCACAGACCAGGACCACUGCCCAGGAUCACCACAGCCUGGAUAUUUCCAGGGCUUCUCCCACUCCACACACAACUCAUGUGUCCAUGGACACUGAGGUGACACCUGCAGGGACCACAAUGGCAACCCAGGCACACUCCACUGCCUCUCCACACUCACUUCCUGCACAGGAGACUGCUGCACAGUGGACAGUCAGCCCUGGGCCACAGAUGUUUCCGCACUCACACUCCACACUUCUGGGGAGCACUUCCUCUCACACUCCAUUAUCUCCAAGAAACCCACCUUUGCAGGAAAGCAGCCCUGCAGAAUCCACAAAGGUGACCCUGCUCAGUGCCUCCAAGACCCCUGGAGCCUCCUCCCCAGGAGAAUCCACUCCCCCCUGGCCUGGGUCUCCAGCCCUUUUGCUCCUCACCAGUGAGUCUGGGAUCUCUCCAUUGUCAGGAAGCCCAGAAGAUUCCACUCCCUACCCACCUGGGUCUCCAACACCCAUCUUCCUCACCACUGGGAACCAUGACCACACCUUCUCCAACACAGGCACACAGCCUGUCAGCCAGGCAGUCUCCACUGGGACUGGCAGUAGGACCAUCAUCAUGGAGGUGUCAAGGGACCUCACUCCCAACACAAGCUCUACACCUCCACAGAGCACCCUGAUCAGUGUGGAAACCACCAGGUCUCAACCACAAUCCCUGACAUCACCCUCCGCUGGGUCACAACCCACCAUGACCACGGUGGCAUCCGAGAACCUUUCAACUCUCUCAACGUCUCUUGUACCCUCAGAGAAGGCCACCUUUUCCAGCCACUCUUCUGGCCCAGUGCCACCUCAGAGCACCCAGUUUGUGAAUCAAAGACAAUCUGUGAGUCCUCUGGAGACAUCCAUUAUUGACUCUUCCACUCCUCUUACACCUGUCAGCAGUGGGGGGCCCAGGACCUCCUCACCAGACUCUAGGUUCUCAGACGGCACCAACACCCAUCCAGGAAUCAUGCACCCAUCGAGGACAAGCUCUCUGCCCUUCACCAGCACCCAGGCAAGGAACACUGCCCAGGCACAGGCCAGCCUGUACACUACCUUGACAGCUCACACUUCACCCCCGAUUCCUAUGUCCACUGAUGCAGCAGUGACUAGUGCAGUGACUUCAUCUGGAGCACAAGAGGAGUCUCAUGCUUCUGCAGAGUUAUGUCCUUUACACCAAAUCUCUGCACAGCAGACUGUCACCCCUGGGACACAGACAUUACUGCACUCACACGCCACCCUUCUUGGGAGUACCUCUUCUCACACUCCAUUAUCUUCAGGAAACCCACCUUUGCAAGAAAGCAGCUCUGGGGAAUCAGCCAAGGUGACUCUGGGCAGUGCCUCCAUCACCCCUGUUGCUUCUACCCCAGGGGAAUCCACUCCCUACCCACCUGGGUCUCCAACACCCAUUUUCCUCACCACUGGGAACCAUGACCACACCUUCUCCAACACAGUCACACAGCCUGUCAGCCAGGCAGUCUCCACUGGGACUGGCAGUUGGACCAUCAUGCAGGAGGUGUCAAGGGACCUCACACCAAACACAAGAUCUGCACCUCCACAGAGCACCCUGAUCACUGUGGAAACUACCAGUUCUCAACCACAAUCCGUUCCAUCAGCUUACCCUGGGUCUCAACCCACCCUGACUACCACAGCAUCCAAGGUCCUUUCCACUGACACAAAGUCUAUUGCAACCUCAGAGAAGGCCACCACUUCCAGCAGCUAUUCUGGCCCCAUGCCACCUAAAAGCACCCUUGCUGAAAAUCGAAGGCAUCCUUUGAGUUCUCUGGGGACAAACCAAAUUGCAUUGUCCCCUUCUCUCACACCUCUCAACACUGGGUCCACCAAGACCUACUCACCGGAUGCUAGGUUCUCAGACCUCACCACCCCCCAGCCAGGAAUCAUGCAGACAUCGAGGACAAGCUCUCCACCCAUCUCCAGCCUGCAUGUGAGGACCACCACCCAGGAACAGAAGACCCUGGACACUAAUCUGACCACUCACAGUCCACCAACAAGUCAAGUUUCCACAGAAGAGGCAGUGACCAGUGAAGUGACCACAUCUGGAACCCAAGAACAGUCCCCUGCCUCCACAGGGUCACAUCUUUCACAAAAAAGCCCUACACAGUGGGAAUUCAGCACUGGGUCCCAGAUGCCUUCACGCUCAGCAAACACCCCUCUGAGGAGCAUUUCCCCUCACCCUCCAACACCUGAGAGAACCUCACCUGUGAUGACAAGCAGACCCCAAGGACCUCCAAAGGUCCCUCAAACCAGUAUUUCAUGGGCACAUCCUGCUUCAACCCCAGAAGGAUCCACUCCAUCCUCAACUGGUUCUACAGUCCAUGAAGGGGGCACUCCGGAAUCCAGCACCAACACACAGUCUCUCACCAACCCCCUUCCCACGUGGACUGGCAGUGAGACCUUGAUUUCUAAUGACACACAGGGCAUAGGACCUGAACCAACCUCUGCCCCUCCACACACAGCCCUCUCCAGCCAGGAAACCACCAGGUCUCCACCAGAAUCCUUUUCCUCCCCCUCUGCUCCCUCACAACCAACCAUGGCCACCAAUGCUCUCAAGAACCACUCCACUACCAAACACACACUUCCACACUCACAGAGGGACACUCCUCCCACCUCCUCUUCUGAAACUCUGUCCUCCAAAAACAACCUCUCAGGGACACAGAGCAGGCCUGCUGGUUCCCAGGGCACAUCCCAUAGCGUCUCCUCCCCUCCUCCUACAGCUAUCCACACUGGGACACCCAGGUCCUCCACAAUGAGCUCUGCGACCUCAAUCCUCACCUCCACCCUGCCAAGAACGACACAUGCAUGGAGAACAGGCUCCCCACCCAUCACCAGAGCACAUCCCAGGACCACUGCCCAGGAUCACAACAGCCUGGAUACUUCCUGGGUUGCUCCCACUCCACACACAAGUCAUGUGUCCACGAACACUGCAGUGACCCCUGCAGGAACCACCAAACCGAGAACCCAGGCACACUCCUCUGCCUCUCCACAAUCACUUCCUUCCCAGGAGACCACAGCACAGUGGACAGUCAGCCCAGGGUCACAGACGUAUCCGCACUCACACUCCACCCUUCUGGGGAGCACUUCCUCUCACACUCCAUUAUCUCCAAGAAACCCACCUUUACAAGAAAGCAGCCCUGCAGAAUCCACAAAGGUGACCCUGGUCAGUGCCUCCAAGAAACUUGGAUCCUCCUCCCCAAAACCAUCCACUCCCCACUGGCCUGGGACUCUAGCCCCCAUCUUCCUCACCACCGAGGACGACGUCCCUACCUUCCCCAACACAGUCCCACAAGCUGUCAGCCAGGCAGUCUCCACUGAGGCUGGCAGUAGGACCAUCAUGCAGGAGGUGUCCAAGGACCUCACACCAAACACAAGAUCUGCACCUCCACAGAGGGCAAUAACCAGCGUGGAAACCACCAGGUCUCAACCACAAUCCCUUCCAUCACCCUCCACUGGGUCACAACCCACCAUGACCACCACGGCAUCCAAGAUCCUUUCCACUGUCACAAAGUCUAUUGCAACCUCAGAGAAGGCCACCACUUCCAGCAGAACUUCUGGUCUAGUGCCACCUGAAAGCACCCUUUUUGAGAAUCCAAGACACCCUGUAAGUUCUCUGGGGACAUCCCCUGUUGGAUCAUCCCCUCCUAUUACACCUCUCAACACUGGGUCACCCAGAACCAUCUCACCAGGCCCUAGGUUCUCAGACCUCACCACCCCCCAGCCAGGAAUCAUGCAGACAUCGAGGAUAAGCUCUCCACCCAUCUCCAGCCUGCAUGUGAGGACCACCACCCAGGCACAGAAGACCCUGGACACUGACCUGACCACUCACACUCCACCAACAAGUCAAGUUUCCAUGGAAGAGGCAGUGACCAGUGAAGUGACCACAUCUGGAACCCAAGAACAGUUCCCUGCCUCCACAGGGUCACAUCCUUCACUCAAAAGCCCUACACAGUGGGAAUUCAGCACUGGGUCCCAGAUGCCUUCACGCUCAACAAACACCCCUCUGAGGAGCAUUUCCUCUCACCCUCCAACACCUGAGAGAACCUCACCUGUGAUGACAAGCAGACUCCAAGGACCUCCAAAGGUCCCUCAAACCAGCGUUCCAUGGGCACAUCCUGCUUCAACCCCAGAAAUAUCCACUCCAUCCUCAACUGGUUCUACAGUCCAUGAAGGGGGCACUCCGGAAUCCAGCACCAACACACAGUCUCUCACCAGCCCCCUUCCCACGUGGACUGGCAGUGGGACAGUGAUUUCUAAUGACACACAGGGCAUAGGACCUGAACCAACCUCUGCCCCUCCACACACAGCCCUCUCCAGCCAGGACACCACCAGGUCUCCACCAGAAUCCUUUUCCUCACCCUCUGUUCCCUCACAACCAACCAUGGCCACCAAUGCUCUCAAGAACCACUCCACUACCAAACACACACUUCCACACUCACAGAGGGACACUCCUCCCACCUCCUCUUCCGGAACUCUGUCCCCCAAAAGCAACCUCUCAUGGACACAGAGCAGGCCUGCGGGUGCUCAGGGGACAUCCCAGAGCGUCUCCUCCCCUCCUCCUACAGCUCUCCACAGUGGGACACCCAGGUCCUCCACAAUGAGCUCUGCGACCUCAGUCCUCACCACAGUUCUGCCAAGAACCACACAGACAUGGAGGGCAGGGUCUCCGCCCAUCACCAGCCCAUAUCCACGGACCACUGCCCAGGAUCAUGACAGCCUGGCCACUUCCGGGGCUGCUCCCAUUCCACACACAACUCAUGUGUCCACGAACACUGUGGUGACACCUGCAGGAACCCACACACCGGGAACCCAGGCACACUCCUCUGCCUCUCCACACUCACUUCCUGCACAGGAGACUGCUGCACAGUGGACAGUCAGCCCUGGGCCACAGAUGUUUCCUCACUCACACUCCACCCUUCUGGGGAGCACCUCCUCUCACACUCCAUUAUCUCCAAGAAACCCACCUUUGCAGGAAAGCAGCCCUGCAGAAUCCACAAAGGUGACACUGGUCAGAGCCUCCAAGACCCCUGGAGCCUCCUCCCCAGGAGAAUCCACUCCCCCCUGGCCUGGGUCUCCAGCCCUUUUGCUCCUCACCAGUGAGGAUGGGAUCUCUCCAUUGUCGGGAAGCCCAGAAGCAUCCACUGCCUACCCACCUGGGUCUCCAACACCCAUCUUCCUCACCACUGGGAACCAUGACCACACCUUCUCCAACACAGGCACACAGCCUGUCAGCCAGGCAGUCUCCACUGGGACUGGCAGUAGGACCACAAUGCAGGAGGUGUCAAGGGACCUGACUCCCAACACAAGCUCUGCACCACAGUCUCAGAGGUCUGAACCACAGUCUCUUCCAUCCCUCUCCACUGGUUCUCAACCUACCAUGACAACCUGGGCAUCCAAGAUCCUUUCAACUGUCACAACGUCCCUUGCACCUUCGGAGAAGGCCAGCCGUUUCAGUAGCUCUUCUCGCCCAGUCCCCCCUCAGAUCACCCUUUCUGUGCAUGAAAGUCAACCUGUGAGUUCUCUGGGGACAUCUCAAGUUGAGUCAUCCCCUCCUCUUAUACCUGUCAACACUGGGUCACCCGGGACCUCUUUCACUGGUCCUAGGAUCUCAGGCCUCACCACCACCCUGCCAGGAAGCAUGCGUCCAUUGGGGACAAGCUCUUUGCCCAUGGCCAGCCUACCUCACAGUGCAAGCUCCGCAUAUGAGAAUGUCCCCACUUCAGUGCGUCCCUCCCAUUUACACUCAGUGUCUGUUUCCCCCGAGGUGGCCAUGGUCAGCGCGGGAACCAGCAGCUAUGGCUUGCAGCGCGGCUCUACCGCCUCUCCUGUGGCCCUUCCAUCAAUGUCCUCAGAUGCAGUGCCCACUCUCUCCGGUCACUCUCGGACUUUGUUUCUCACGGGGACCUCCUCUCCAUCUCCUGACCGUGUUUCCUCCCUAAGCAUGUCAUCCGUCACCUCCUCCAGAUCCUCACCGGAAACCGUUCCCUCUUCUCCAGCCACCACACUCUUACACAGUAAUUAUGCUCCCCCAAGCACAGUGUUGGCUCCGGUGUCUCCCACCAAUUCUAGGCAGGAGUCUCAGUCCUCUCUGUCAUCUGACUCAGAGCUUUCCACAUCAACAUCUCCCAGGGCUACCUCUUACACCACAAUGGAGACCUUUAUUUUCACAUCAAAGCCUAGCUCUUCUGAGGCUGCAAGUAUUCAGAUGGAGUCAUUGUCUACCCUUUCCCCUGGAUUGACAAAGUCUAACACCUCUGAUAAGACCAACUCCUGCACAAAUACAAGCUGUCUCCUCUACAGUGUACCCACUGAUGCCAGUUCUUUGAUCUCCAAGACGGACAUCCUUCCCUCUUCCAGAACACCCAUCCCUUAUCUUGCUCAGUUCACUAAUUCUCCAGACUUCUCCACUCGGACAAUAGCCAGGCUCUUCGCCUCCUCCACCAAGACAGAUUCUGCAGAAGUAACUAUCACCACCCACACAAGUCCUUCUAAGGAUACAACACAGGAUACCCUUACCUGGGAGACAUCAACCACCAGAUCCUGGGCAGAGUCCCAUUCACCUGGCCAUGCUACUAUGUCCAUCAUUGCAGGGAACUUGCCUUCAUCCACUUUUAUACCAUUAUCCUCUUCUGUCUCCACUACGACUGGCUCUUCAACCAGCCCAGCCCUCCCUCGGAUUACUUCCUCUCCCACUACCCAUCUUGGGACAGAGAGCAUCCCUACUGAAGGAUCCUUGAUUACGCUCAGUGUGUUGGAGUCCAGCACCCAGCCAGUCAAGACAUCUGUAUCACCCACUUUGAAUAUCACAGCAAUUGAGAGUAUUGACUCAAAAACAGAUACAAGUGCUUUUGCAGUUCCUCCACCCUCCACCCAGUUCACAAAACCCGAUGACACUGUGGAGCGGCACACAAAGAAACCCAAUGGAGCGGCCCCCAGAGGCACCGCGGGACCCGUCGAGGGCCCUCCGGCAGCCACAUCCCCUGCUGGUUCUAAAGGUCCAGCCACAGGAAGGACAGGAAGAGCAGAGACCACUGCCACACCUCUGAAGACCACCGCCAUCCCCUCUUUCAUCACCUGGAUCUCCAUUCCCACCUCAGAAGACCUGAAGCUCCAGAUAUCAGGGGAAACCAUCAGCACAGCUCCAGAGGCAACGGCUUCCUCGGCCACGGGUCUUAGAGAGGGUAUCACCAGCACAGCUGUUCCCGGGACAACCCCCUCUCUACUCAACAGAGAACCAGAGGCCACAGCCUUAUUGGUCCCCAGUCCUGGGGCACAGACCAGUCCAGCUGUCCCAACUCUGGCUGCGUCUUCUCCUGAGUCAGAUUCAACAGCCUCACAGGUCACCCAACCUGAGAUACAGGCAGGUCACUCCACUACAACCCCGCCUGUCUCCUCGGGGGCAUCAGGACUGGAGGCCUCUCUGACCACUAGUUCCGAGGCAGUGACCACAGCACCUUUCUCUAGAACAAGCCCCAAUUUUUCCCAGGGUCAACCACACAUCCCUUCCUCAAUGGAUACCAGUACUGGGACAGAAUCCGCUUCUGCUGUUCCAACAAUGACUGUAUCACCUGACAUACUAGAAUUGGUGACCUCACAGGUCCCUAGCUCUGGGACAGACACCAGUUCAACUAAACCAACUCAAACUCCUUCUGAUAAACCAGAGGCCACAGCCUCUCUGGCCACCAGCCGCGGCACACCAAAGAUUCCAACCACUCCAAAUCCCUCCCUCUCACCGGACGUAUCAGAGGGGGCAACGUCACUGGUCACUAGUUCUGGGAGAGAGACGAGUACUACUCCUCCAGAUCUCACUGCUUCCCCAGGUCACCCGGAGACCUCAUGGGUCACCCAGGCUGAGAUAGAAGCCAGUUCCCUUGUUUCAACAGAGACUAUUUCACCUGGAGAACCAGAUAUCACAACCUCACGGGUCACUCACCCUGCAGAGGCCAGCACAACAGUCCCCAGGACAACCCUAAGUUUUUCCCAUGGUGAAUCAGAUACCAUGCCCUCAACAGCCGCUGCUCCUGGAGAAAAAGCCAGUUCUGAUAUCCCAGCGACAGGGGUCCCACCUGAUAUCCCAGACACGGUGACUUCACUUGCGACUCCUUCUACAUCAGUGACCAUUAGGAAUAUUCCAACCCUGACUGUUCCAGCCGGUGAGCCGGAGACCACAGCCUCAAUGGUCACCCAUCCUGGGCCACCGACAGGUUCACCCACUCCAGCUCUGACUGUCUCCCCUCGUGCGCCAGGGACACUGACUGCAUGGGUCACUAGUUCUGGAGCACAGACAAGUUUGCUUCCAACUCGGACUCUUUCCCCUGACCAACCAGAGACCACAGCCUGGUGGGUCACCCGUCCUGGGUCAGACGCCAGUUCUGCUGUCCCGACUCUGAUGGCUUCACCUAGUAGGAGAGCUACCACAGAUUCAUUGGUCCUCCAUCCUACGGAGACCAGCCCAGUGGUUCCCAGGACAACCCUAAGCUUUUCUCAUAGUGAAUCAGAUACCACACCCUCAACAGCCAUUGUUCCUGGGGAAGAAGCCAGUUCAGCUAUCUCAGCAUCCACUGUUUCACCUAAGGUGCAAGAGGCAGUGACCUCACUGGUCACUAGUUCUCUGGCAGUGACCAGUACAAGUCCUCCAAGUCUGGCUCUUUCUUCUCAAUCAGAUACCACAGCCUCACCGGUCACCCAGACUGGGGAGCAGACAAGUCCAGCCAUUCUAACUAGGACUGUCUCUCCUGGUGGAAAAGGACUGGUGACCUCACUGGUCACUAGUUCUGGGACAGAGACAAGUACAACCACUCCAGCUCUGACCCUUUCCCCAGAUCAACUGGGCACCACAACCUCGCGGGUCCCUCAUCCCGGGGCCAUUGCCAGUUCAGCUGUGCCCACUCUGACCAUUUCCCCUGGUGAGCCAGCUGCAACAGCUCGAGUCAUUCGUCCUACAGAGACUAGCCCGGCCGUCCCCAGGACACCCUCAGAUUUUCCCCAUAGUGGAUCAGACACCACACCCUCAACGGCCGCCAGUCCUGGGACAGAAGCCAGUUCAGCUGUGCCAGUCAGGACUGCCUCACCUGAAGCACCUGAAGACACGGUGACCUCACAGGUCACUAGUUCUGAACUGCCAGCCAGGAUGACUCUUCUAAUGACAACUCUCUCUCCCGGUGAACCAGAAACCGCAGCCUCAUUGGUCACCCCUCCCAGGGCAGAGACAAGCACCAAAGUCCCCGCCUCAACUCUAGUUCAUCCUUUAUCAGAGACCACAGCCUCACUGUCCAUCGGACCUGGGGUGGAGGUUAGUACAGGUAUCCUGACUCACGCUGCUUCACGUGGUGGACCAGAGACGACAACUCCUCUCUCCUCCUCGCCUGGGACUGAGACCAGCAGAGCUAAUCCAGGCCCGGCUGUGUCAACGGGUGCUCCUGAAGAAGCAGCCUCACCUUCCACCCACCCCGGGACAGAGACCAGCAACACUGUUCCAACCCUGUCCCCUGGUUUAACAUCAACCACGGGUGUACGGGCCCCCAGCGCCCCCAGCCCCUCAGCAGAGGCCAGCACAGGUAUCCCAGCUCCGACCAUUCCCCCCAGCGUCUCCUGGCUUGCCAGUGCCCCUACAACAAGUGAGCCCCCUACGGUGACCUCCUGGAGCACAGAGACUUCACUGCCUGCAACUUCAGUUGGACUCCCAGAUAUUUCCAGGACUGUCACAGAUACCACUAUGACCUUGAUACCAUCAGAGAGCCCAACACCACCUACAGCCAGUCAUGGAGAAGGGGCAAGUCAAACCACUACCCUGAAAGCUACAACUGAGGGGACCCCUCAUCUAGCUGCCACAGGUUGGAGCUCCACAAUGGCUGACACCAGAAUCACCUUUGGCACACUGCCCGGAAGGCCCUUGAGCCCUCUGACCACACCCGCGAUGUCCACCUGGGGCCCUGAGAGCAUGACUCCAGGAACAGCUGAGGUUCCUCUGACGGUAUAUUUUACUAUCAACUUCACCAUCACCAACCUGCCCUACACGGAGGACAUGGGGCUUCCAGGCUCUGGGAUAUUCAAUGCCACCGAGAGGACCCUACAGUACCUGCUCAAGCCCUUGUUCAGGAACAGCAGUCUCGGCUCCUUCUACGCUGACUGCAGGUUGAAAAUGCUCAGAGCCGAAAAGGAUAAGAUGAGCACCAGGAUCGACGCAGUGUGCAGCUACUAUUCAGGUCCCACAGGCCCGAGGCUGGACAGGGAGCAGUUGUACUGGGAGCUGAGCCAGCUGACCCAUGGUGUCACCCAGCUGGGCCCCUACUCUCUCGAAAGGAACAGUUUGUGUGUCAAUGGUUAUACCCAUCAGUACUGGGCUUCAACCAAGAGCAAUCUAGUGACCUCCACAUACCCUCUAGGAUCCCCAACAUCUGUGACCCCUAUUUCCAGCUCUACAGCUGCAGGUCUACAACCGGUCCUGGUGACAUUUACCCUGAACCUGACAAUCACCAACCUAUAUUACACCCCAGACAUGGGGCGCCCAGGGUCCUUGAACUUUAACUCCACGGAGAAGGCCCUGAUUCGCCUGCUCGAGUCUGUGUUCAGGAACACCAGCAUCGGCUCCAGCUACUCUGGCUGCAGACUGUCUUUGCUCAGGUCCAAGAGUGAGGCGGUCACCACCGUGAAUGCCAUCUGCACCUACCAUCCUGACCCCAUGAGUCCCAGUCUGGACCGAAAGCAGCUGUACCAGGAAGUGAGCCAGCUGACCCACGGAAUCACCCGGCUGGGCCCCUACACCCUGGACAGAGACAGCCUCUAUAUCAAUGGUUACAACCAACGGUCCUUGGCCCUUACCACCAGCACUGCAGGUACAAGCUCGUACCUGGUAUCCUUCACCCUCAACUUCACCAUCACCAGCCUGAACUACACAAAGGACAUGGAGCCCCCAGGAUCUGAGAUAUUCAAGACCAUAGAGAGGAUCUUGAAACGCCUGCUCAGAUCCGUGUUCCAGAAUAGCAGUAUCGGGCACCUGUAUUCUGACUGCAAACUGACCUUACUCAGGCCUGAGAAAAACAGAACAGCUACUGGAGUGGACGCAGUCUGCACCUACCGUCCUGACCCCAUGGGCCUCGAGCUGGACAGAAAGAAGCUGUACUGGGAGCUGCGCCAUGAGACCCACGAUGUCACCCAGCUGGGCUUCUUCACCCUAGACAGGGACAGUCUCUAUGUCAAUGGUUAUAACCAUCAGGCCUCCGGUCCCUCUCUCAGCACCGCUGUGAGCUCUACUUUGUUCCCAACGACUUCCACGGCGCACGCCCACCUCUCCAGCUCCACAGGUGCGGUGGCGGUCCCUUUCCAGCUGCCAUUCACCCUCAACUUCACCAUCACCAACCUGGAGUACGAGGAGGACAUGCAGAACACGGGCUCCAGAAAGUUCAGCUCCACGGAAAGAAUCCUGCAGUACCUGCUCAAAACCAUAUUCAAGAACAGCAGUGUGGGAUACCUCUAUUCGGGCUGCCGAUUAUCCACGCUCAGGCCUGAGAAGGACGGGGCAGCCACCAGAGUGGACCUGAUCUGCACUCAUCGCCCUGACCCUAAAGGCCACAUAUUGGACCGAGAAAGACUGUACUGGGAGCUGAGCCAGCUGACCUAUAACAUCACCCGGCUGGGACCUUACACCCUGGACAAGGACAGUCUCUAUGUCAAUGGUUUCACCCAUUGGAGCUCUUCCCUCGUCACCAGCACUCCUAGGAUCUCCACAGUGGACCUGAGAACUUCUGAGUCUCCAUUCUCCUUCCCCAGCCACACAGCCGUGAGCCCUGCCCUGAUGCCCUUCACCCUCAACUUCAUCAUCACAAACCUGCAGUACGUGUCCGACAUGAGGCAUCCAGGAUCCGACAAGUUCAACACAACCGAGGCCAUCCUGCAGCGCCUACUUGGCCCUGUGUUCAAGAACACCAGUAUUGGCCCUCUCUACACUGGCUGCAGACUGACUUCACUCAGGUCUGAGAAGAACGGGUCAGCCACCAGAGUGGACAUCAUCUGCACCCAUCGCUCUGAGCCCACAGGCACCGGGCUGGACCAAGAGCUGCUCUACUGGGAGCUGAGCCGUGAGACUCGUGGCAUCACCCGGCUGGGCUUCUUCACCCUGGACAAGGACAGCCUUUAUGUCAACGGUUACACGCACUGGGCCCUGACUCCCGUCCCCACGACUGAUAUGGCCUCUGUCAUCCCCCCGGUGACUUCUGCACUCCCAGCUCCAAUCUCCACAGCCACCCCUACAGAGGCUGGCUCUAUGCUGGUGCCGCUCACCAUUAACUUCACCAUCAUUGAUCUGAUGUACGAGGAGGAGAUGCGUCAACCCGGAUCCUGGAAGUUCAACAUCACCGAGAGAGUGCUGCAGAAGCUGCUCAGGCCCUUGUUCAAGAACACCAGUAUCGGCCCUCUGUAUUCUGGCUGCAGGCUGACUUUGCUCAGAUCUGAGAAGGGUGGAACGGCCACUGGAGUGGAUGCCGUCUGCACCUACCACCCAGACCCCUCAGGCCUGGGGAUGAACAGAGAGCGGCUGUACUGGGAGCUGAGCCAGCUGACCCACGGCAUCACCCAGCUGGGCCCCUACACCCUGGACAGGAACAGUCUCUAUGUCAAUGGUUACACCCACCAGAUCAUGGCCACCACCACCAGGACUGCCAGCCUUACCCUGCAGCACUUCACGGUCAACUUCACCAUCCUCAACCUGCCCUACAUGGAGGACAUGCAGCCCGGCUCUGUGAGGUUCCAGUCCACAGAGACAACUCUGCAACACCUGCUCAAGUCCUUGUUCACCAACUGCAGCAUCGGUUCACUCUACGAUGGGUGCAGACUGUCCAUACUGAGGCCUGAGAAAGGUGGGACAGCCACUGGAGUGGACGUCAUCUGCACCUAUCAUCCUGACCCUGGGGGCCUCGGGCUGGACAGGGAACAGCUCUACUGGGAGUUGAGCCGCUUGACCCAUGGUGUCACCCGGCUUGGCUCCUACAUCCUGGACAGAGACCACUUUUAUGUCAACGGUUUCACCAGGCCAGUCCUGACCUCCACGGCCCCUGCUGCUGUGUCUUCCCCCCUCUCCUUGGGAACCUCGACUGCUUUGACCACAGCAGCCUCUGGCGCUGCUCUGGUGGCAUUCAGCCUUAACUUCACCAUCACCAACCUGCUUUACGAGGAGGAUAUGCAGCUCCCAGGUUCUGUUAAGUUCAACAAAACCGAGAAGGCUCUGCAGAAGCUGCUCAGGUCCCUGUUCCAGAACACCAGUGUCGGCCUGCAGUACUCUGGCUGCAGACUGAUCUCUCUCAGGCCAAAGAAUGGCGGCGCCGCCACGAGCGUAGACGUGCUCUGCACCCACCACCAGAAAUCGGGGGCUCCGGAGCUGGACAGAGAGCAACUGUACUGGGAGCUGAGCCUGCUCACCAAAGGGGUCACUCAGCUGGGCAGCUACACCCUGGACCGGAACAGUCUCUUCGUCAACGGUUACACCCACCGGACUGCCAUGACCACCACCAGUGUGACGGGACUGGCCCUAGAGUCCAUCACCAUCAACUUCACCAUCACCAACCUGCAGUACAAGGAGGACAUGCAGCCCCCAGGGUCCUUGACCUUCAAGACCACAGAGAAGGCUCUGCAGCUCCAGCUAGGGCCCUUGUUCAAAAACACCAGCGUGGGUCCCUUGUACUCUGACUGCAAAGUGAUUUUGCUCAGACCCAGGAAAGAUGGAUUGGCCACCAGGGUGGAUGCAGUCUGUAACUACCGUCCCGACCCUGUGGGCUCCAAGCUGGACAUAAAGCAGCUGUACUGGGAGCUGAGCCAGCUGACCCACGGCAUCACCCAGCUGGGCCCCUACGCCCUGGACCAGAACAGUCUCUAUGUCAAUGGUUACACCCACCAGGCCACAGCAACUACUCCCAGCGACCUGACUCAAGGGGACCUCUUGACUCCCUCCACGGAUGCAGCCUCAGGACUUCGCCUGGAGUCCUUCACCCUCAACUUCACCAUCACCAACCUGCGCUACGAGGACGACAUGCAGCCCCCAGGGUCUUGGAUUUUCAACAGCACAGAGAAGACUCUGCAGCAGCUGCUCAGGCCCUUGUUCAAGAACACCAGUGUGGGUCCCCUGUACUCUGGCUGCAGACUGACUUUGCUCAGGUCUGAAAAGAAUGGCUCAGCCACAGGAGUGCACACCGUCUGCACCUACCAUCCUGACCCCUUGGAACCCAAGCUGGACAGAGAGCAGCUGUACUGGGAGCUGAGCCUGCUCACACAAGGGGUCACUCAGCUGGGCAGCUACACCCUGGACCGGAACAGUCUCUACGUCAACGGUUACACCCACCGGACUGCCAUGACCACCACCAGUGCCUCAGGACCUCCCCUGGAGCCCUUCACCCUCAACUUCACCAUCAACAACCUGCGCUACGAGGACGACAUGCAGCCCCCAGGGUCCUUGACCUUCAACACCACUCAGAAGGUCCUGCAGCACCUGCUCGGACCCUUGUUCAAGAACACCAGUGUGGGUCCCCUGUACUCUGGCUGCAGACUGACUUUGCUCAGGUCUGAGAAGGAUGGGUCAGCCACCAGGGUGGACGCUGUCUGCACCUACCGUCCUGACCCCGUGGGCCCCAAGCUGGACAGAGAGAAGCUGUACUGGGAGCUGAGCCCACUGACCCACGGCAUCACCCAGCUGGGCCCCUACGCCCUGGACCAGAACAGUCUCUAUGUCAAUGGUUACACAUACCAGGCCACAGCAACGAGUCCCACUGCCUCAGGACCUCCCCUGGAGUCCUUCACCCUCAACUUCACCAUCACCAACCUGCGCUACGAGGACGACAUGCAGCCCCCAGGGUCCUUGACCUUCAACACCACUCAGAAGGUCCUGCAGCACCUGCUCGGACCCUUGUUCAAGAACACCAGUGUGGGUCCCCUGUACUCUGGCUGCAGACUUACUUUGCUCAGGUCUGAGAAGGAUGGGUCAGCCACCAGGGUGGACGCUGUCUGCACCUACCAUCCUGACCCCGUGGGUCCCAAGCUGGACAGAGAGAAGCUGUACUGGGAGCUGAGCCCACUGACCCACGGCAUCACCCAGCUGGGCCCCUACGCCCUGGACCAGAACAGUCUCUAUGUCAAUGGUUACACAUACCAGGCCACAGCAACGAGUCCCACUGCCUCAGGACCUCCCCUGGAGUCCUUCACCCUCAACUUCACCAUCACCAACCUGCGCUACGAGGACGACAUGCAGCCCCCAGGGUCCUUGACCUUCAACACCACUCAGAAGGUCCUGCAGCACCUGCUCAGGCCCUUGUUCAAGAACACCAGUGUGGGUCCCCUGUACUCUGGCUGCAGACUGACUUUGCUCAGGUCUGAAAAGAAUGGCUCAGCCACAGGAGUGCACACCGUCUGCACCUACCAUCCUGACCCCUUGGAACCCAAGCUGGACAGAGAGCAGCUGUACUGGGAGCUGAGCCUGCUCACACAAGGGGUCACUCAGCUGGGCAGCUACACCCUGGACCGGAACAGUCUCUUCGUCAACGGUUACACCCACCGGACUGCCAUGACCACCACCAGUGAUCCUCCCUGAUCUCAGACUGUGACCACAGACCCUGCCUGCCCGCAAAAUCCACCCAUACCUGACUCAAAGGUCCUCUCCUCUCCCUCCCCUGAUGCAGCCUCAGGACCUCCCCUGGAGCCCUUCACCCUCAACUUCACCAUCAACAACCUGCGCUACGAGGACGACAUGCAGCCCCCAGGGUCCUUGACCUUCAACACCACUCAGAAGGUCCUGCAGCACCUGCUCGGACCCUUGUUCAAGAACACCAGUGUGGGUCCCCUGUACUCUGGCUGCAGACUGACUUUGCUCAGGUCUGAGAAGGAUGGGUCAGCCACCAGGGUGGACGCUGUCUGCACCUACCGUCCUGACCCCGUGGGCCCCAAGCUGGACAGAGAGAAGCUGUACUGGGAGCUGAGCCCACUGACCCACGGCAUCACCCAGCUGGGCCCCUACGCCCUGGACCAGAACAGUCUCUAUGUCAAUGGUUACACCCACCAGGCCACAGCAACUACUCCCAGUGCCUCAGGACCUCCCCUGGAGUCCUUCACCCUCAACUUCACCAUCACCAACCUGCGCUACGAGGACAACAUGCAGCCCCCAGGGUCCUUGACCUUCAACACCACUCAGAAGGUCCUGCAGCACCUGCUCAAGCCCUUGUUCAAGAACACCAGUGUGGGUCCCCUGUACUCUGGCUGCAGACUGACUUUGCUCAGGUCUGAGAAGGAUGGGUCAGCCACCAGGGUGGACGCUGUCUGCACCUACCGUCCUGACCCCGUGGGCCCCAAGCUGGACAGAGAGAAGCUGUACUGGGAGCUGAGCCCACUGACCCACGGCAUCACCCAGCUGGGCCCCUACGCCCUGGACCAGAACAGUCUCUAUGUCAAUGGUUACACCCACCAGGCCACAGCAACUACUCCCAGUGUCUCAGGACCUCCCCUGGAGUCCUUCACCCUCAACUUCACCAUCACCAACCUGCGCUACGAGGACGACAUGCAGCCCCCAGGGUCCUUGACCUUCAACACCACUCAGAAGGUCCUGCAGCACCUGCUCGGACCCUUGUUCAAGAACACCAGUGUGGGUCCCCUGUACUCUGGCUGCAGACUGACGUUGCUCAGGCCAGAGAAGGAUGGGGCUGCCACCAGAGUGGAUGCUGCUUGUACCCACCGCCCAGGCCCCACAAGUGCUGGGCUGGACAGAAAGCAGUUGUACGAGGAACUGAGCCAGCUCACCCAGGGCAUCUCCCAGCUGGGGCCCUACACCCUGGAUAAGGACAGUCUCUGUGUUGAUGGCUAUACCCGCCAGGCCUCGACCACUACCUCCAGCAUCAAUGGCUCCUCCAUGGUAGCGGUCACCCUCAACUUCACCAUCACCAACAUGCAACACACGGAAGAGAUGGAGCACCCAGGGUCCUUGAAGUUCAUCUUCACCGAGAAGAUCCUGAAGCGCCAACUCGAGACCUUGCUCAACAAGACCAGUGUGGGCCCCCUCUACGCCGGCUGCAGGCUGGCCUCGCUCAGGCCUGAGGAUGGCGGAGCCUCCACGGGAGUGGAUAUGAUCUGCACCUUCCACUCUGACCCCGUGGGCACCCGGCUGGACACGGAGCGGCUGUACUGGGAACUGAGCCACGAGACCCAUGGUGUCACCCGGCUGGGCUCCUACAGUCUGGACAGGAACAGUCUCUACGUCAACGGUUACACCUUUGGAUCCACGGCCCUAACCCCCACCACUGGGGAGGUCAGCAGGGAGCCCUUCACCCUGAACUUCACCCUCCGCAACCUGCGCUACUCGUCUGAAAUGCGCCACCCCCGAUCCCUCAAGUUCAACAUCACGGACACCCUCAUGCAGCACCUGCUCAGCCCUUUGUUCCAGAGGAGCAGCCUGGGGGCCCAGUACAGAGGCUGCCAGGUCACGGCCCUAAGGUCUGUGAAGAACGGUGAGCAGACCCAGGUGAAUCUCCUCUGCACCUACCAGCGGCCACCCAGGGGCCCAGGUCUGUCCGCCCAGCAGGUGUUCCAGGAGCUGAGAAGGCAGACUCGUGGCAUCACCAGGCUGGGCCCCUACUCUCUGGACAAGGACAGCCUCUACCUCAAUGGUUACAAUGAGCGUGGUCCAGAUGAGCCUCCUCCAACUCCUGAGUUAACUACCACAUUCCUGCCUUCGCCCAAGACAUCUGCGCAGCCAGAAACCACCACAGAAGCGAAGCCGUCCACUCCUCUACCAACAGAAGUGCCCACCAGAAGUUCCAGCUCCCAGAACUUCCAGCUCAACUUCACCGUCACCAACCUGCUCUAUACCCAGGACAUGGCUCAGCCAGGCACAGCCAGACACCAACGGAACAAAAGAAGCCUGGAGAAUGCGCUCAACCAGCUUUUCCAAAACAGCAGCAUCAAGAGUUACUUUUCUGACUGUCAAGUUUUAGCAUUCAGGUCUGUCCCCCAUAGCAACCACACUGGGGUGGACUCCCUGUGUUACUACUUACCAUUGACCCGGAGAGUGGACAGAAUUACCAUCUAUGAGGAAUUCCUGCGGCUGACCCAGAAUGGCACCCACCUGCUGAACUUCACCCUGGACAGGAGCAGUGUCCUUGUGGAUGGAUAUUCUCCCACCAUAAAUGAUGCUAUGACUAGAACUUCUGCCCUUCCCUUCUGGGCCAUCAUCCUCAUCUGCUUGGCGGGACUCCUGGGACUCAUCACGUGCCUGAUCUGCUGUUACCUGGUAACCAUGCGCCGGCGGAAGAAGGAGGGGAAUUAUGAGGUGCAUCACCGACCCCUGGGCUACUACGUGCCACACCUGGACCAGAGGAAGCUACAGUGAUUCCACCUACAAGUAAAACCAAGUGUCCCGGGUGUGAGGCCCGCUGUGCCGUCCUGCCUUGAUUUGCUGGAAUACGUUGCGUGAUCUCCACACCUUUUUUCAGCCCAGCACAAGUGAUGACACCCAGGGGCUGGGAAUUAAAAUGACAAUCCUGCCCCCACUUCGAGCCGUUUGGGAGUGAGCCUCACAGUCUCCAUCUUGAGCAGGCUUUCUCUAAGAAUGCACCCUCUGAAGAUCACAGUAAUGAUGCUGAUGACCACCACUCAUCAACUACUGUCACACCUCAGUUGACAACAGGGACACAUGCCAAGAGACCCAAGGUCCUUUGAAUCUUCUGUGCGCUCUGUGGAAGUGUCAUCAUGACUUGGCGAGCUCUGCAAGCACCAAAUCCGUCACUCUGUCCCUCUGCUAUGUCCCUCUUUGAAUGUAGCUCCCCCAAAAUCUAAAUGUUGGAAACUUAAUCCCCAAGGCGACAGCAUACAGUGAGGGGGACCUAGCAAGAUGUGCUCAGGUCACAAGGGCUCCGGCCCCGUGAGUUGGCAUAAUGCCGCUACAGACGAGGGCUGUGGGAGUGGGUGCUCUCUCUUCCCUGCUUUUCUGCCCUGCGAGGACUUAGCAAUGGUCUCUUUCGCCCUUCCACCGUCCACCAUCAAGAACAAAGCUAGAAGGCCCUUAGCAGAGGCCAGCACCUUGAUUUCGGAAUUCCUCGCCUCCAAAACUCUGAGAAUAAAUUUCUGUUCUGU